AUGGAUAAUACAAUCACUAACCCAGAAAUUCAGUACAUGAAUAUGAGAGUAUCUGAUACAAAGAUUAGUAAUAAAGUGCAUGAUCUUAAACAAGUAAAAAUAGAAAAAUGGACUAAUAUUCCCUUAAUCAUCAAGGACACGAUCCAGAACAUAAUUACUUCUGUAAUAAAAGACUCCACUCAGUUUGAUGAUUUCAUAACUUUCUAUAAUCGUAACGCUGAAAGAUCUAACUAUGUCAUUGAAAAUCUGGAGAAAGAUAGCAUUCACUUCCAAGCAGAAACCUCUAAAUAAAUAUGUGGAAAUCGAUAGGAAGAUUGACUACCUUAAAGAUAAGAGCAUCAAUGAAGCUAAAAUCAAAGACUAUAUAAAACAAAAGGCUCUAACAGAAGCUGAUAUUAAUAAUCAAAAAUUUGAUAGACUUGAUCUCACUCAAACAAGGUUCAACUCUCUCAGAGAAAUCAUCAAAGAAUUCGAUCAUUAUUUAAACGAUCUCGACCAAAGAAAUAUAGAACUUCAUAAGAAGUUCAGGUUUUAUUCCAACAAUCUAUCCGGAGAGUUAAAUCAUAAGCAAAAUUUGUGCAUUAGCUCAAAGAGGCAGAUUGAAAGAAACUUGCAUAAGUUUAAAAGCGAAGUAGAAGACUUCAUGGGAGAAAUCAAAACAAAGUACAGCACACAACAAGAAAUUUUAGUCAACAUCCAAAAGGAAGAACAAGGGAAGAUAAAGCAUGAUUUUUAUAAAAUGAAGCAGGAGACAGAAAAACUUACUAAAAGGUUUAAAGAUAUCGACCCUAUCCACCUCAAGUCGAUGGUAGUUGCUCAUAAGAAUAUUGUAUCCGAACUUGAAGAUAAGUUUAAAGAACUUGAAAGUUCUAUAAAGAAAAACGAAAGGAAAAGUGAACAGAACGAACUCCAAAUCUCAAAAAUUCUAGAUAAACUUGAAACGAUUGAGGCUAAAAUUGAUCUGAAUAAGGAAGAAAACGACCAAAGUAAUAUCAGCAACGAAUCAGAUCUUGACCUGAAAACUAAAGAAUUUAUUAAAGAAUCAUGAGCCUCAAUAAUGAGAAAAGAAAUUCAAAGUUUAUAUUCAAAAUAAUCUAUCAAGAUAUAGCACAAUCAGGACCAGUAAAGUUAAGAAUAUGCUCUCAAUGAAAUUAGAUAAGAUCUCAAGCUUGAAAUCAUCAAUCCGAAAGCCUGAAGGAACCAAUUUAGAUCUAAACACUUCUAUGAAAUAACGAGGCCAAAGCUGCUCCUGAAAAAUUACCAAACACACCUCUAAAUGACGCCCAAGUAUAUCACAAUUUAGUGGAACAAAGCUUAUUUAAUUCAAACAUCACAGAACUUGAAGAAAAGAUUGCUCUUAUUGGAAGUAAGGUCCAAAGACUUACAACUACUAUAAACCAAAUGAAUGCCACAAAGCAACUGAAAGUUCAAAACCCUAUAUUCGAAACUUUCAGAAAGCAUAAGAAUUUUAUUCAAGAUAAUAAAAAGAGGACUAUGACUGUUGAUAAAGCUAUUCAAAGACCCAUAAUCAGAAAUCUAAACGUAAUGAAGGAAACCCAGGAGAGGCAAGGAAGAGCGACUAUUGAGAUAAAAGAGGCAGAAAGAAGACUCUUCUCUCCAAGUAUAAGCAAUAGGAACAAACUAGUAAAAAAUCCUCGAACACUUGCUAAUGACUUCUCUGUUAACUUUACUGAUCUGAAGUUUCAAAAUAAUGAGAAAACUAGACAAUUUCCUUUAGAUUUGUCUAAGAUAAGACAGAAUUCCCUCCAGAGUCGUUAGAGGGCUUCUAUUUUGCUCUAAAAACAGGAGUCUAGGCUGGAACUUUACUAAGAAGAUUCUUGAAUACCCAAAGGGGAGAAAGACUGGCAUAAACAAUUCAAUAAUAAUUUGUUAAAAAGGGGUUUUGGGGUUUUGG